CCAAUAGUAAACUACAUGCAUACUCAAGGGAUCCGUGCAACUGAGCAGAUACACGGAAAAUUCUCAUUGAAACCAGUGCUGUCGGAAAGUUACUUUGAAUUCUUUCUGCUUUGUUUGUGAGUAGGUUCUUUAUGAUUUAGAAACAACUGAUUCAUAAAACGGGAUAUCUGCGGUGCGGAAUAAACGCACGAGGCGCAUCAAGAGGUUGCGGCACGUUUCGCUCUCGCGGCAGAGAGCAAAUGCGAUUCAUUUAAAAGGGAAUUAAAUAUUGCAAAGCAGAAUUUUGUGUUCGUCAUCUGAGUGAUUUCGAUGUGGAUAUUCAAGGACCAAAUAUGCCCACACAAAAUUACUUCAAGUGGACAACAAUAUGCUAGACAGGAGCCCCAAAGUCUCCCAAAGGAAUAACAAGACGUGCACGUAAUCGUACAGACCAACAAAUGGAAACAAUUUACCUAAAAAGUUAACUUUUAAUCUGUUCCACGUGAGCACAGGAAUGGCAAACUCUCCGGUCACUCAGUGGCUACAUAUGUUCAUGUUGUGCAUAGGCUGUGCGUCUACAUGGUUUAGUCGAUCAUCCACUGCAUCUCCAACACACAACCAGCGUUUGAUAUGUUGGCAGGCCAUCAUGAAGUGCCAAGCAGAGAUGGAGUGCCACUUCGCAUAUAGUCAAUACGUGCACGCGUGCGGUCCGGUGUUAAACGGCAACAAGAAGAAAUGUCCCAGUCACUGCAUUUCGUCCAUAAUUCAGCUCAACCUCACGGUGAACGGCCCGGCACUGGAAGACUGCGAGUGCAACUCGGACACCAUUUGCGAGAAGACCAAACGAGCCAUCGAGCCAUGCAUGCCCAGAACCAGCCACAUGGGUUGCACCGAAGCCCGCAAGCAGUGCGAGAAGGAUGCGGAGUGCAGCACCGCCAUGCGGGACUAUUUGUAUCACUGCAGGAAACUUUUCGGGGAAGAGCGGUGCUCCGAUGACUGCCGGCGGGUUAUCACUAACAUGCGCGCGAUCCCUAAAGCCCAGAUGCUGGAUACUUGCGUUUGCGACGGCACGGAGAGGACUAUAUGCGAGUAUAUCAAAUUCAGCAUGAAAAACUUUUGUUUUAGCGACAGCAAUGCCGGCAGUGGCUUUUCAGAUUUAGAGGAAGACUCAGAGGAUGAGUAUGGGACUGAUUAUGGGGAAGAUGAGAAUGAUGCUUCGGAAUUAAGGCCACGGUAUAUUUUUACAGCGGCGUUUACUAUUUUGACCUUUUUUAUAUUGAAGUAAUACAAGUUUUCGGGAUUUAGCAACUAUUAGCAACACCCGUGCCCCGUGACGCUUGAUUAGGACUAUGUCUGAAACUUUUUGUUGUGCAAGACCAUUACAUUGGCCUGGAAAAGUCUUUCUUUUAACAUUUGUUUAGACGCUUACAUUAUAUAUGUGAGACAAAAGUAUAGCCUAAUGGAUAAAAUAGAUUAUAUAAUUAAAAUUAUAUAAGGGUCACAUCGACGUGAGUUGCCAAAAUCUGCACACUCACAGAAAAUUCAGGUUUGUUUCAACUCAUGGUUGGGUAAAAUAUUGACAAACCCAGAAACUGCGUUAAAUGAAUCCAUAAAAUGUCAAUAUUUGACCCAACAAUGGGGUGAAACAACCCAACAUUUGUAGAGCGUAUAAAAAUAAGUUGGCUAUGUGUGUUUGAUGUAAAAAGUUGAAAUGUGUUUUUACUAUAUUUUAAGUUAUUAUGAAACUGGUGAAGUGCUAUUCAAAGAGAAAUACAUACUGGAAGUUUAUUUUUGUAUAAAAGAUUGGUUAAAUAACAAUGUGAUUAUUGGAGAUUAUGUUGUUUAACAACACGUUUAUUGUCCAGGUGUUGUGUCUCUGUGUCUUAAUGUGAAUGAUAUGCUACAGUGUAAUACUGUUUAUAAUGUGGUCAUAAAAUGGCUUAAAAUGA